AUGGCUCCCGAGACAGUGGUGACCGUAGACCAUAACAAGCCGUCCCAGGCAGCGACGCCGCAACAGCAAGGCGGUGCACUGGACUGGAUCAAAAUUGAUGUUGAAUAUUUCAAAUCAACUCCCGGCUUACUUAAAGUUAUCGAAUUGAUACUUGGCAUAAUAUGCAUGUCUUUGGGGACCCCAUAUUCAUCAUCGUGGUACGUGUUUGUUGCAGUAACAGCCUUCAUCACUACUCUAAUGUGGAGCUUCGUUUACCUUCUCAGUGUAAAGGACGCCUUAAAAAUCCCUAUCAACUGGGUUUUAUCUGAAUUGGUCAGCACGGCUCUAGAGACGCUGUUUUACCUCAUCGCGUUCAUUGUUAUGUUUACGUCAAUUUAUGGCACCUACGGACGCAACGUUGCAGCCGCUGUUUUCGGUAUCUUCAAUACAUUGGCGUACGGGUACAGCUCGUUCCUCCUAUACAGCGAGCACAGAAGUGGUGCUACGGGACUGGCGUGA